AUGACUGCCAUUGAGAAAAUUACAAUCUAUACUUUGAACACCAAAGCGUUGCAAGCGCAGAUAGAAAAGGAGAAGGUCGGACGGGAAGACGACCAGACCAGUUCACCUUUACUCUCAUCCACCUUUACUCUCGUCCACCUUUACUCUCGUCCACCUUUACUCUCAUCCACCUUUACUUUCGUCACCUUUACUCUCGUUCUCCUUUACUCUCGUUCUCCUUUACUCUCAUUCUCCUUUACUCUCGUUCUCCUUUACUCUCGUUCUCCUUUACUCUCGUUCUCCUUUACUCUCGUUCUCCUUUACUCUCAUUCUCCUUUACUCUCAUUCUCCUUUACUCUUGUUCUCCUUUACUCUCAUUCUCCUUUACUCUCUACACCUCUACGUAGAUCGAAGAGAAAUUUAGAAACUAGUUCAACCGUAUCAUCUCCUUUACGUUAA